GAUUUUGUUAAUUAUGAUAAUGGAUAGUGUACAUCCCUGAGUAUGGUACUCAUCUUCCUGUCCUUCCGUUGUCAUCUGCUGCAUUAAUAGCGAGAACAGAGAGCAACUUGCUGCUGCUGGAGUGCUGGAUUCACUCAGUUACAGCUCCAAGGUUGCCAUUGCCCCCAACCGCCCAUACUUGCAGAGGUCGCAGUCACACUCUGUCUCCAACUCUUCACCACCUUCGCCCAGCCCCAAUGGCCACCCUUACAGCAACGGAUUCCAGGAUCGCUACGGCACAUCGCCCCAUGGAUCCCGCUCGAUCGGCCCUGCAUCUUCAAAGUACUUUGGGAGCAGCUCGCCCAGCUCUUUCCACCGUCCCUCGCCAUCCUUCGGCCAUUCGUCUUCAUACCAGGGCGAGGGUGGCAGUCUCCCUCGCCACAUGCACCACCACAGCCACAGCGGUGAUCAUGGCAGCAAUGGAUACCACCACUAUCCGCAGGGAGGCUCUGGGCACCAGCAACACCACUCGGAUCAUGGUCACCACGAGAUGUCAUCGUCAUUGCCCUCUCACUUCCACCAUCCCUCCCAGUCAAGGCCCCUGCGAUGGGAACCUCAGGGCUCGAACGGACACAGCAGCGGACACAGCAAUGGGCACAGCAAUGGGCACAGCAGCAAUGGUCGCACAGAUAGCCUGAGCCCGGAAUCCGAGCCCAUGGAUGUGACCAUGUCGUCGUCGCUACCUUCGCUUCCGUCCCAUCACCAGCAGCCGUCGAUGUCAUUUGCGCACCACAGCAGCGGUAGCACUGCUCCCCCGACACACUCUUCUCAUCGCUCCUCUAACCACCGCCAACAGCACUCGCAGGACUAUAGCCGAUCGCCCCUAUCAAGCUCAUCUCCCGCGAACGGACAUCAUGGAUACGAACACAGUCGCGGCUAUAGCGAAGGACCGGCAUACCAUCCACACCACCACCAGCAGUCUCAAUCGGGGUCGCUCUCGAAUUCGGCAUCGUCCAUGGGAAGCCCAGGACCGGUUUCUCAGUCGUAUCCAAACAGUUCGCCGAUGCAACAGCACCAAUCUGCGCAUCGUCAUUCGUCAUCGACCUCGUCGCAGCACUCUCCGCAAUCGGGGCAUCAUCACUAUUCGUCGUCGCCUUCCUCCUCGUCCUACUACCAAUCUCAUUCGUCGCCGCAGGGAUCUCAUAACUAUUCCCAUCAUCAUCAGUCUCCCCAUAGUGGUAGUGGACACCAUGCUUCGCCUUCGUUGGACGAUCGAAGAUUCCAUUCAGCGCCGAUCCCUGUCCGCCAUCGAUCUUAAUCGUCACCGUUUUUGAUCGAUGUCGAUCGUCGGACGAAAAGUAUCAUGUACACAAUUUGGUGGCGGAUCAAAAAAAUACAACCCACUCGGGUCCAUUGUUUCUCAAGCAACAAUUAUUCCGACCAUGACGAAUCAAGUCGGUGCAUAUGUAUUUCUUGCUUUUUUUUACAAUCUACGCAU